AUGGCGGCGCUGGAGCCGCAGCCGCCGCCGCCGCAGCGUCCUGCCCCCGCAGGCUGCUCGCUCGCCCGGCCAGUGGCGGCCAGAGCGGCAGCGGCACGGGCAGCAGAGGCGAGAGGCGGCCAGAGCGGGCAGCGGCGGCGUCCGAGGAGGCGGCGGCGGCGGCCCCUGCGCUCGCUGCUUGGAGCGGCUGCGAGGCAGGCAGGGCAGCGGCAGGAGCCGUCCGAGUGCCGAGAGCCGGCGCUGGCGACAAUGGCGGGCGGGCGGAGGCAGAGGCGCGGGCCGGCCGGCGGGCGAGCGCUGCUGCUGCCCGCUGUGCUGCUGUGCCUGUGCUGCCGGGCGGCGCCGGAGCGGCUCCGCUACGCCAUCCCCGAGGAGCUGCCCACAGGCUCGCUCGUGGGGCCGCUGGCACGGGACCUGGGGCUCAGUCCGGACGAGCUGCCGGCGCGCAAGCUGCGGGUGGCGUCUGCCGGCAAAAAGCAGCUGAAAUACUUCACGGUGAACGAGGAGAACGGGAACCUGUACGUGAGCGAGAGGCUGGACCGGGAGGAGCUGUGCGGCGAGUCGGCGUCCUGCUCCGUCAGCUUCGAGGCGCUGGUGCACAACCCGCUCAAUCUUUUCCGUGUCGAAGUGGCCAUUGAGGAUGUGAAUGACAACUCCCCAGUCUUCAGCAAGGAUGCCCUGGACCUCGAGAUAGGUGAAUGGACACUUCCAGGUUCCCGUUUUCCUCUGGAGAUGGCACAAGAUGUGGACGUGGGAAGUAAUUCCCUGAUUACUUAUGAACUCAGUAGCAAUCCAUCCUUCACUCUGGCCAUGAAGGAGAUCACGGGUGAAAAGAAGCAGCCGCAGUUAGUACUAGAGAGCACACUGGACCGGGAGAAGCAGAGCUCCUUUGAGCUUGUGUUAACGGCAACCGAUGGAGGGGACCCUGGGAGGUCUGGGACUGUUCAAGUUCGUGUCAACGUGACAGACGCAAACGACAACCCGCCCGUGUUCAGCAAAAGUGUCUACGAGGCGCGAGUGGCGGAGAAUCUGCCGGCGGGAUCGCUGGUUCUGCAGGUGCGGGCCAUGGAUGCGGACGCGGGGUCCAAUGGGAGGGUUUCCUACUCCUUCGGCAACGUCCCGGCCGGGAUCCGCGACUUGUUCUCUAUCGACAAAGAGAGUGGUGAGAUCAGGACUGAGGGGCUCCUUGAUUUUGAGGAGAAGAGUAAAUACAGCUUUGGCCUGGAGGCGAGGGACGGAGGCGGGCUCACUGGACACUGUCAAGUGCAGAUAGACGUAACGGAUGAGAACGACAACCGGCCCGAGAUCACAAUUCUGUCACUGUCGAGCCCCGUACCUGAGGACGCGCCGGUCGGCACCGUGGUGGCCCUGCUAAACGUGAACGACCCCGACUCCGGCGAGAACGGUGAGGUGUCGUGCGAGCUGUCGGGAGAGGCGCCGCUGUCGAUCGUGGCGUCCUCGAGCGGCUCGUACAAGGUGGUGACGGCGAGCGCGCUGGACCGCGAGCAGGCGUCCGAGCACCGCGUGACGGUGGUGGCCCGGGACCGGGGCAGGCCGGCGCUGUGGAGCGAGGCGGAGCUGGUGCUGGAGGUGUCGGACGUGAACGACAACGCGCCGGUGUUCGAGGAGGCGGCGUACAGCGCGUACCUGAGCGAGCGGGCGGCGGGCGCCGAGGCGCCGGCCGAGCUGCAGUUCUACCUGGUGCUGGCGCUGGCGCUGCUGUCGGCGCUCUUCGUGCUCAGCGUGGCGCUGGCCGUGCUGGCGCGGCUGCGCCGGGCCGGGCCGCCCGCCGUGCUGCGCUGCCUGGGCGCGCAGCGCUUCUCUCUGGCCGGCGCCGCCUUCCCGCCCGACUUCUGCGAGGGCACCUUGCCCUACUCCUACAACCUGUGCGUGGCCGCGCCGGCCCGCGCCGCCGCCGAGGCCGCUUGGCCGCCGCCGCCGCUGCCCAUCCUGCCCGCCGAGGAGCUUCUGGCCGGGGAGCCCUGCGACAAGCCGAUCCUGAGCAGCAGCGCCGUCGCGGGAGAGCCGCCCACAGACCCCGGCGCACCGCAGCUUCCCGUGGGCGAGGCAGGGCGGGCAUCUCUCGGCAGCGCUCGGUGCCUGCAGUGCCGGGAGGAGGCUGCGGGCGCCGCUGUUGACCGAGAGGAACGAGAGGAAGGUCGGAGCGCUGCAGCCCCGCCCGCUGCGGACCGGCUCGAUCGCCAGAUUCGUGACUCGGCGGUCGGGCGGUCUGCAGUUUUCCCCGCGGUGCAGAGCCGUGUUGUGGAAAGGCGGAGGGGGUGA